UAUCAUUGAUGCUGGCCCCAAAGGAAACUAUUCUCGAUUCAUGAAUCACAGCUGCCAGCCUAACUGUGAGACCCUCAAGUGGACAGUGAAUGGGGACACUCGUGUGGGCCUGUUUGCUGUGUGUGACAUUCCCGCAGGGACAGAACUGACCUUUAAUUACAACCUCGAUUGUUUGGGCAAUGAAAAAACAGUCUGUCGGUGUGGAGCGCCUAACUGCAGCGGAUUCCUUGGGGAUAGACCAAAGACCUCAACGUCCCUUUCUUCGGAGGAAAAGGGCAAAAAGGCCAAGAAGAAAACCAGGCGGCGCAGAGCCAAAGGGGAAGGGAAGAGGCAGUCGGAGGACGAGUGCUUCCGCUGCGGCGACGGCGGGCAGCUGGUGCUGUGUGACCGCAAGUUCUGCACCAAGGCCUACCACCUGUCCUGCCUGGGCCUGGGCAAGCGGCCCUUCGGGAAGUGGGAGUGUCCUUGGCAUCACUGUGACGUGUGUGGCAAACCUUCCACUUCGUUUUGUCACCUGUGCCCCAACUCGUUCUGUAAGGAGCAUCAGGACGGGACAGCCUUCCGCUGCACCCAGGACGGGCAGUCCUACUGCUGUGAGCAUGACUUGGGGCCAGCGUCGGUCAGAAGUGCCAAGACUGAGACGCCCUUCCCCGAGCCCGGGAAGGCAAAGGGGAAGAGGCGGAAGAGGCGGUGCUGGCGGAGAGUCACGGAAGGCAAAUAGCGCCAGGGGGCAGCUUGGCCAGAUCCAAGGGCGGCACAGGGCGGCCAGCCCUGCCUGGGGGAGAGGGCGCGCGAGGACAGGCCGGGGGCCCCAGCUCCGGCCGCCAGGACAGACGGACAGGCCUCCUCGGGAGGGAGCGCCUCCCACCACUGAGCCAUCCUUGGCAGCACCGCUGCCCUGCACUGACCACGCCCGAGCCCGGCUCGGCGUCCAGGACACACAGGCCUCACGCCACAGCAUUACCGCGAAACUUGAA